UCUAACAACAAAUACAACAACAGAUUCCAGCUCUAAAAAUGAGCCCAGAAGCUAACGGGUGAGGAAAAAAAUCCCAGAGGCUGACGGGUGAAGAAGAUCCCAGAGGCUGACGGGUGAAGAAGAUACCACAGGCUGACGGGUAAAGAUUAAAGAGGCUGACAGGAUAAUGAAUGAUUUGCAAAGAGUACCUUCUGCAAAAAGUAUUGGAGGUAGCCGCAGAAGACGAUGGGAGGUUAAAUCCAAAGAAUCCUUUGAAACCUCCUUGGCUAUAGAAAUUGAAUCUCCAGAAAAGAAGACAUAUCGUAAUAAGAAAGGAAUAAAAACUGAACCAUCUGCAGAAUCCCUAAAGGAGAAGAACAGCUUUAGUAAUUCUUACAGAGAUAACACAAAAGCAUCAUUCCCUAAAGCUCCACCACAGAAAAUUAAUGAGGAGAAAGACUCCAAUGAUACAGACCUUCUUUCUUCUAGGAUUUCUGCAUUACUUGAUGAAGCAAGUGUAACAGUUAAAGAUACAAAGAGGAGAUCUGCAAAACAAAAAGAUAAACAGCAGAAAUCUGAACCUGACUUAGAUACAAAUAAAAACAGAGAAAAUAAUUUUCAGUAUCAAGAGGAAAAGAGACCAACCAGAGACAAUGUGUCAGAAGAUUACAUCAUUGAUAACUUAAAAAUUAAACCUUUGAAAGGAAAUGAUAAAGCACAGAUACUUAAUGAUAAGUUUGAAACGAAGUCACUCAAAGUGGCAGAUAUUCCUCUGAUGAAAAAUGAAUAUGAAGAAUCAGAUUAUGUGGCCUCAGCACCACCUCUACCAUCGGAUGAAGAAGAGACUCCUAAGAAUAAGAAGCACAAAAAAAAAAGGGAUUCAACGUUGCUAUUGGUGACCAAUGCAAAUGAAGAAUCUUACAUAAGCCUUCAGCUAAAAGAAAUGGAUGAUGACAUAAUAAAUGUUACUAAAGAGGAUAAAGAUUGUCCAUUAUCAGUACCAAAGCUCAUAUUUGCUGCUUCAACUUCACAUCCACUUAAUAAUAUAAGUACAAUAUAUCAUGAAAAACUGGGUGGAUUUGUUGUGGCCAGAAAUGAAUUUAAUGGUGUACGUAGAAAGAAUGAAGACCUUCAUGAUGUUAGCCAGGUUCCAACACGAUCUUCCCAUGCAAUUUUUCUCCAAGGAGGCUUCAGAACCUUCUCAGUACUAAGCCAAGGUCUCCUUGCAGGGAUAACUCUAGCACAUUGUCUGUUGAUAUUUUUGCUGGACAAAGAUCCCAUGAAAGUUCCUGGCCUAUUGUAUCCCUCAAGCUUGGCUCAUGCAUUUUUUGCUCUCAUCAUUUUUCUCACUACCAUAUGUCUGGUGGCUGCCUGUGAUAGAAGUGACCUUAUUGGAACUGGGGUGUUUUCUGGUCAUGGUAUUAAGGUACCAUGGACCACAGCAUUCUACAUCUCUUCCUUGGUGCUAUCUCUGGUUGCUAUACGCACUGAAAAUGUCCUCAUUAAUUUCCAAGUUUAUCAGAGCUCAGGAUUUUCAGAGAAAGAGGUAACAGAAUUAGUGAUGUGGUGGCGAUGGGUGUGUGUUGCUCGGUCAUCAUUAGCAGUGUUAGCCUGGCUGGCAGUGGUUCCUGAUCCUCAUACUGAUGCUCUUCUAGACUUUAUUCAAGAAUUCAACCGCAGUUAAACAUAUCACCAAAGGCUAUGAUAACUUACUGUUUAAUCAUAGACUCACUGUAUUUUGAAUGGUGUUUGGCAUUAAAAAGACUGUAAUACUAUACAAUACUUGCACUAUACUGUACAAAUUUUAAGUGUACAAUGCAACCCUGUAGUUCUUGGGGUUAGGUUCCUGGAGGUACUGUAAAUCGUGAAGCUGCAGAUAAUAGAAAAUUUCACAUGUAUGAGUUAUUUAAAAAAAAUUGCCUUUAUUUCUCUAAAUAUUGCUCUGAUUUGCCAAGUAAAAGAAAAUAACAGUGGUCACCAAGAAAAGCUGUUAAUAAUUGAAGCUCUUCUCUAAAUAGCCUUCAUUAAAAAUAGUAUGCUUGAAUGAUACAGAUUAUAGAGCAUGCAAAUUAUGAGGUUCAGCUGUGUAAGUAAUGUAUUGUAAUAUUCCAGUAACAGUGUUAUAAAGAGAAAAUAAUGUUUAAGAGAAGAGGAAGACUGGAUAGUCAAGGUGCCCAUGUAGUCACCUGUCUCUAUAGGUAAUUUACCUAGCUAACAUCAGUGUUAGAGCCUAGUCCCUUCACUUACUAUGUGCUUCUAAUCUUUGGAUCAUUGCCCAGGGAAUGGGUAUGGAGUACCUGAUAAAACUAUCAAACUAACUAAACCGUCCAAUGCAGCAAAAGGCAGCUGUGUCCUUUGUAUAAUAGGUGCAAUAACGACAAAAUUUUAAAAUUUGCCUUAAGUUCAUCGAAGUGCUCUUUUCCACUUGAUAAAGCCAAUAGGAAUUAGGUGAUAAAUUAUUUAUAAAGUAAAUUUAUUGUUUUAUAUUGCCUCAGUAAGUUAAAUGUUAUAUUUAAAGAUUUAAAAUUUCAUGAUUGAAUGUAGGCUUUAACGAAUUAAGGAAGCAGCACUAACAAAGGAUAAAUUUUCUCAAGAUAAUCAAGAGCAGUUACUGACCUGUACUUGUUGUAAGAUAUGACUUCGAUCAUGUGUUACAGUAAGGGAUUGGGAUCAUGGAUUGUACAGUAUAUAUAUUUUUAUUACACUUUGAAAAUGGUCACAUGGAGUACUACAGGUGUAGUUUGGGAAAUUACUGAAAUGCUGCUGUGAGUAUUUUAAUCAUGUGGUAAUUCUGUGUACUGUAAUUAUCUGUGAUACUAAUUCUAUAUGUGAGGAUAUUAUUUUGACAGGAUUUCCUGUAAAUACCUUCAGUAAUUUUUAAUGUACAGUGGACCCUCGACCAACGAUGGCAUCGAUUAACGAUAAAUCCAACUAGUGAUACAUUUUAACGCAAAAAUUUUGCCUCGACUAGCGCUAAAAAACUCGACCAGUACUAUUCGUUCCGUCUGAGACGCGUCCACUUCUGGUCAGUGUUUACAAGCCAGCCAGCCACCGCGGUCGCUUCCAAGCAUACAUUCGGAACAUUUCAUAUUAUCACAGCCUUUUUAGUGAUUGCACCUGCAAAAUAAGUCACCAUGGGCCCCAAGAAAGCUUCUAGUGCCAACCCUACAGCAAAAAGGGUGAGAAUUACUAUGGAGAUGAAGAAAGAGAUCAUUGCUAAGUAUGAAAGUGGAGUGUGUGUCUCCGAGCUGGCCAGGUUGUACACAAAACCUCAAUCAACCAUUGCUACUAUUGUGGGCAAGAAAAUGGCAAUCAAGGAAGCUGUUCUUGCCAAAGGUGCAACUAUGUUUUCGAAACUGAGAUCGCAAGUACUCGAAGAUGUUGAGAGACUGUUGUUGGUGUGGAUAAACGAAAAACAGAUAGCAGGAGAUAGCAUUUCUCAAGCGAUCAUAUGUGAAAAGGCUAGGAAGUUGCAUGACGAUUUAAUUAAAAAAAUGCCAGCAACUAGUGGUGAUGUGAGUGAAUUUAAGGCCAGCAUAGGUUGGUUUGAGAGAUUUAAAGGGAAGGGAAGUAACCCCGGAAAAGGACUUGCCACCUCAAGUCCUAAUGGAAGGGGAUUCCCCUUCUAAACACUAAGACCAUCAACACUCUCCCCUCCUCCCAUCCCAUCAAUCAUCACCAGAUCUUCAAUAAAGGUAAGAGUCAUGUAACUGUGCAUGUCUUCUUCAGUUUGUGUGUAUUAAAAUUAAUAUUUCAUGUGGUAAAAAAACAAUUUUUUUUUCAUACUUUGGGGUGUCCUACACGGAUUAAUUUGAUUUCCAUUAUUUCUUAUGGGGAAAAUUAACUUGACUAACGAUAAUUUUGACUAACGAUGAGCUCUCAGGAACGGGUUAAUAGCAUUAGUCGAGGGUCCACUGUAUUGUUGCAAAUGACCACCUUGGAAUUAGGGUGUUGGCAUACAUGUUUGACAAGCUCAAGCAAGUAUGCAAUUAAAAAUUAAUUAGACACAUGUGCAACUCUUGGGUAUCUUUAUUGAGGAAAUGUUUCGCCACACAGU